AGGUAUGAUAGAAAUUUUGUAAAAAUGGGAGCAUUUACAUUUUGUAAAAAAAUGUUAAAAAAGGAAAGCAGUGUUUUUAAUGAACCCAGUGGGAUGAUGAAUGUUGACCUUAAUUGUGGGGAACAUAAUAUUCCAGAUUUAAAGAAAAAAUACAUGCCGAAUCCAGUUAAAACCAAUACAAUAAACGUCAUAAAAAUAUUGGGUAUAUGUUUGAGUGUUCUAGCAUUGGGUAUAUUUUCAUAUAUAAUAAGUUGUUUAAUUAAAAAUGAAUACAAUUUAUUUCUAAAUAUGCCAUAUACAUCUUCAAAUCUUACGAAUAAUUAUACAUCCACCAAAAUUUUACAUACAAAAGAAGCAUUAACUAAUGAAAGUAAAGGGAACUUUUUUAAUUUAAUGGAUAACAAAAAUAAUAAAUGGAUAGAUCAAAAUUUAAAAUUAUCAAAAAAUAACAACAUUAAAAAUGCAAAUUUAACCAAAGUUAACCAAAAACGAAGAAUAUUUAAAAAGAAAAUAAAAAGCUAUUUAGCAGACUUGAAAGAAAAAUUUGACCUAUGUAAGAUCACACAAAGUCUUAAGGAUUGCUGUGAUAUUUUUUUACAAACAAACUUAUAUACUAUUAGAGAACUUUGUACUGUAGAUGAUGUUCUUGAUGUACUUAUAAAUUAUGAAAAAAAAUUAAACUUAAGAAAAAGACGACAAACACAUAAUUUUAUGCAAAUGUCUGACGACAUAUAUGAUCAAGAUCAUGUUAAUCCUCAAGAUAUGUCUUACCCUAAGGAUUAUGAUCUACAAUUAGUACAAAAUGCAAAAAUAAAUUUAAAAAGUAUUGAUAACAAUAACAAUAAUGUUCAUGAGACAAAAUACUAUCCACCAAAUAGUGUGAUAUGGAAUAAUAAAAAAGAAAAUGAUCCAGCAAGUCAUUAUAAUUCGGUAAUAAAAAGAAAAAAGAAAAACAAGGACAUAAUGCCCAAUGAUUCAAACUUUAAUGAUUCGAAAGAUAAAAGGAAUACAGAAAAGUUAGAAAAAGAAAAAGAUAUUACAAAUAAUAGCCCAAAUAGCUCACAAUUGGGUAGACUUAAUUUUGACGCAAGCGAAUUAAAGGCCAGAGGAAAUUUAAAAACAGAUGCAUUAUCCAUAACAAGUGAAGAUUUGCAAUCGAAUCAACAAACUAUAAUUAAUCCAUGUUUUUACCCAACUGCUCAACUGUACAAUCAAUUUAAAAGCCCUUUUGACAACAGUCAGGUGCUGAAAAUAAUUCCAGUAAAUCAGCCAAAACCUCCGUCAAUUCAAUCUCCAUUCGUUGUUAUGAAUCCACCUUUAUACUCCUUCGUAUCUCCACAAUAUACUCAAUUUCCUGUUACAAAUAAUCCAUAUGCUGUGCAGGCAUCAGGGCCGAAUGGUCAAUAUUAUAUAUGCCAACCAAUAUCUGCUUCUUCCAAUAACGCUCCCAAUAUUGCUGCUAUGCCAGGAAUAGAAGUAAGGGAAAACGAAACACCAAACCUACAGGAUUUAUUGGAGCAUGUGGAAAGUGAACCAGAUAGGAGGAACAUUUCAAGGGAAGCUGUGGAUUGUCCAAUUGGGGAACAAAGUUGUCAAGAUGGAAGCAAAUGUAUAAUGCUUCAUCAAAUUUGUGACAAUGAAGUAAACUGUGACGAUUCCAGUGAUGAAAUGUUCUGUUCGUGCAAGGAACGAGUCGGAUCUUUUCGCCUAUGUGAUGGUUUUCCAGACUGUCCAAACGGUAUAGAUGAAAUUGAAUGUUUUGGAUGUAAAGAAAAUGAAUUUAGUUGCGACGACUGGUCAAGAUUUCGACCAAGUACUUGUAUUCCGAUCCUACAAAGAUGUGAUAAUAUCAGACAGUGUGAAGUUACGGGUAAAGAUGAAGAGGAUUGUUCUGUAUUGGUUGAUAAAGUGGGUAUUAGUACACAAUAUAAAAUAUCCAAUUCUGUGGGUUUUUUACAUCGAAACUUUAAAGGAAAAUGGUAUCCAACGUGUUUUGGCACUAACUCAUGGGCAAUGGAAGUUUGUAAUAUUGAAGCUGGACCAAGUAACAUAGUACCUCGGUCACAUAUGGUAAGCUCAACUGUAAACUACGAAGGAGAAUUUUUAAACCUUAUGCCAAAUAACAAUAUAUAUCUUGUAAAUUUUUGUGCGCUAAAUAAAGCGGCUUUUAUAGAAUGUCCACCUAUUUUCUGUGGUUUAAGAAUGCUUGUAAAAAACCCAUAUCGUCCAGAAGAAGUUGACACUGAAUCAGAAGAUAUGUUAGAAAAAUUUGAACGUGAAAAUAUGCUUGAAUUAAAGAUGCAAAAUUUAACAUAUAAAAAUAAUUUAAAAAAUAAUAAAUUUAAUAAAAUCAGAGUCGUCGGAGGUAAACCCAGUCAACCUGGAGCUUGGCCAUGGCUGGUUUCAAUUUUUAAAAACGGUGUAUUUCAUUGUGGUGGAGUAAUUAUUAAUGAAAUAUAUAUAGUAACUGCCGCUCAUUGCGUAGACAGAUAUUGGCAAUACUACUAUGAAAUUCAAGCUGGCAUGUUAAGGAGAUUUUCAUAUUCCCCGAUGGAACAAAGUCGUUGGGCAGUAGCUGCAGUUUCGCAUGAAAACUACAAUAAAAAUACAUUAGCUGAUGAUAUAGCUCUUAUGAAACUAUCUUCUCCGUUGCGAUAUAACAGGUACAUUAGGCCAAUUUGCUUGCCAUCAGAAAUGACAGCCGGUAAGGAAUAUCUACAAGGACCUCCUCCAGGAACUAUAUGCACGACAGUUGGUUGGGGUGCGACUAUAGAGCAUGGAACUGAUCCCGAUCACAUGAGGGAAGUGGAAGUACCAGUUCUUCCAGGCUGUAAACACGAAGAGGACCAAAUUGAUAGCGUAAUUUGCGCCGGCCUAAGUGAAGGUGGAAAAGACGCUUGUCAGGGUGACAGUGGUGGUCCUUUUAUGUGUAGAAAUCCUAAUAACCUUAACCAAUGGUACUUAGCAGGAAUAGUGAGCCAUGGCGAAGGCUGCGCUAGACCUAAUGAACCUGGCGUGUAUACAAAAGUUAGCAGAUACUUGGAAUGGAUUGCAGAAAAUAUGAGAGAAGAUAUAUUUUAUAACCGAAUACCUCUUCACAAAUGUCCAGGAUUUAUAUGCAAGAAAAUUAAUAAGUGUCUUCCCAAAAAAAGACGCUGUGAUAAAAUAAUAGAUUGUUUUUUGGGAGAUGACGAACAAGAUUGUGAAAACAAAUUUUCAAGAAUUUUGGGGAGCUCAAAUAACAAAUUUGGAAAUACUAAUUCAAAAACUUCAAACACAACUAUUACAAAAGUAAAAAAAAAUAAGUCUCCAGUAUUAAUUAAAAACAGUACCACAAUAACAUUAUCAAACAAUGUUUUUAAAUGUAAAAGAAUGCUACAAAUUAUUAAUAUAAAGAAAAGGUGUGACAAAAUAAGGGAUUGUGAGGAUGGCACUGAUGAAGAACAUUGUCUUUGCGUGGAUUAUGUUAAACAUUUUAACACAAGGGCCAUUUGUGAUGGAAUUACAGAUUGUUUUGAUAUUUCUGAUGAAAACAACUGUAAAAACUGCAGUAAUUUGGAAUUUUAUUGUCAAUUUUCAAAUAAAUGCAUUUCAUUGAAAAAAAAUUGUGAUGGAAUAAUGGACUGUGAAAAAAAUGAAGAUGAAAGAGACUGUGAAAUCAUAACAAAUGGAAAAGUUGUAUUAAUGGAUAGUGACUCACGACCCGAACUUCUAAAUUCCGGAUUGGUUACAAUUAAUAGGUUUGGUAUUUGGAAACCACUUUGUGUAAAUUCAUUAAGCCAUCCUUUAGUUGCCACAAAUGUUUGCAGCUCUCAAGGGUUCGAUGGUUAUGUCGUCUACCAGAAAUAUUUUACUCAGGAAAUUUCACUUAAAGUUGUGUAUAAAGACAAUAAAGAUCAAAACUUAACAAAUACUAGGUUAAACCAAAACAUAAAUAUUUGCGAGGGUCUUUUUGUUGUUUGUUCCAAUAUUUCUACGGAUAUAUCAAUACACAAUUUAUUUAAACAAUAUGGAAAGUCUAAACCCUUGUAUGCAACACCCUGGAAUGUGCUUAUAUAUGCUAAUGGUGUAUACAGAUGUAUGGGAACAAUUCUUAACGCUCAAUGGAUUAUCACGUCUCUACACUGUUUUGAAGAUGUAAAAAGGUUUUCUGACUACUAUGUAGUUGCUGUUUUGGGUAUGGGAAAAACAAAUUUACCAGUUGCUGGUCCAUACGAAAAUAUUAUACAAGCAACUGAAAUGGUAAGGAUUUCAAAUUCCGAUAUAAUUUUGAUUCGCCUUAAGAAGGAAAUUAAAUAUACAAGAUACAUUAAGCCUACGUAUCUAUAUGCAAGACGUGAUAGUGUCCAAAAAGAAAAAUGCAUUGCCACGGGGAUGGAAAAUGGAAAUUUGGAAUACGUACAGUUAACCUCAAUAAAAGAAUGUUUGGAGGGAUUAAGAUGUUUUGAAAGUAAAUUAAAAGUUUGUAAUUCAACUGUUAAAUGGAGUGGUACUAUUAUAUGUGACUCCAGAAAUGGAUGGUAUCCGGCAUCAGUAUUUAAUGUCGAAAAUGGAAGUUGUGGGUUCUCCAAAGUUAAACAUUUAACCAGUAUUAACUAUUUUAAAAACAAAAUUCAAAAGGCCAUAACUGAUCCAGAAUUUAUAUCAUUUAUACCACAAUGCGAUGGUUUUCGAUGUAAUCUUGGAGAAUGCUUAGAGUUGAAUAAAACGUGCAAUGGAAUUUAUGAUUGUAGAGGUGGAGAAGAUGAAAAUGCAAAUUUAUGUUACGAAAAAGAAAGGCAAUGUAAUAUUACAAAUAAUUGUUCAUGUUCCACUGAUGAAUUUAAAUGCAGCAACAGUAACAAAUGUGUUAAAAAAUCGGCAUUUUGUAACAAAUUCAAAGAUUGUGAAAAUGGAGAAGAUGAACCAAAUAUUUGCUCUUGUAAAGCCUAUUUGAAACUUACUCAUCCUGAAAAAAUAUGUGAUGGAAAGAUUCAUUGUCUCGAUCGAUCCGACGAAGAUCCAUUGGAAUGUUCUUGCACUCCGGAAAAAUAUCAAUGUUCAGGUACCAAUAAGUGUGUUUCUUAUGAUGUGGUAUGUGAUGGAUCCAAUGAUUGCCCCAACGGAGCUGAUGAAAAUUUUUGCUUUAAAAUGAAAAAUUUGCCAAAUUCGGAAAUCGCUGGGGAAAUAGUAUCCCGUACUGCUGGUGUAUGGCACAAAGGUUGUUUUGAAAAAAAAUUAAAUCAUAAUAAAGUAAAAGAAAUUUGCAAAGUAUUGGGUUUCAAUUCCAUUAAACCUAUACAAAUUGACAUUCCCGAAUACGAAAAAAAUAUUACAGCACUCCGUCCAAUAACCGACAAGUUCAACAUUGUGUGGAUUUACAAAAAUAAGAAAAAUAAAUUAAAAAUAAAGAUGCGUACAGGAAAUAGGCCGUUUGUAAAGUUUCAAUCCAAAACUAACUGUUAUCGACUUUUUGUAAAGUGUUUAUAAAAAUAAAGUGUAUUUUAGUCAUUGUUGUUGUUUUUUAUUUAAAAUGUGGAGAGACUUGAUUUAUAUUUUAAACCAGCUCCACACUAUGCGGUACCUACCUU